AUGGCUGAGGGGUUAGAGGAGCGUACAAUGACAUAUCAUUAUCAAAUAGGAAAAUGUUUGAUUAAUUCGCCAUUUUGUUGCAGAAAAUUCACAUUAAAAGACAUUGCAGACUAUUUGGAUGAGUUAGCUGAAAAUGAUGCAUCAUUUUGCCAACAAAUAGACGGAAUUUAUAUUGAGCCACCUAAUGAAGAUGGGGAACUAACUGGUGAAGAUGAUGCAAACGAAGAUGAGGGUGGAAUUAUUGACAAUGUAUGUCGAAAUCAAUUAAACGAAGGAUGUGAGAUUGUGCUAAAGAAUGGUGAGCACGUGGACUCUGCGUCAAUGGUGAACUCAUGUGACGUUGAGGGAAACAUUGAAGCAGCACUAGCGGAUCUUCUAGGUGAUGAAUCCCAUAGUGUAGAACAGCAGCUUUACGAAUAUGUGAAAUCAAUAUGCCCACAGACCGUAAGCGCGAAAACUACCAAGGAGAGUACACAAGGCAACAAACAAGAGUCAUCUGAUGAAAAUAUUCCCAACACUUCUGUAUCCAGCAGGCUAAGAAGGGUAGAAGGUAUUCCGUCUAAAGAACCUCUUCCGUUAGCAAAUAAAAACACAGUGUUUAACUGGUCGAAGGAGUGUAGAAGUGAUCCAAUGCCUUUAUUUCCGGAAGCAAACUACAAUGAUUGCCGUGGUCUGCAGCCUCACGAGUUGUUUGAAUUUUUUUU